AUGUCAACAAUGCACGCAAUAAACCUCCUCAAAGUCCCCUCCUGGUCUUCCUCCACAGUAGCCUCAACCACCGACUUAACCUACAACCCCACGCACCCCCUCCCCGUCCCCUCCCCAACCCAACUCCUCAUCCGCAUCCACGCCACAGCCAUCACCCCCUACGAACUAUCCUGGGAAUACCCUCCCUCCGCCACAGAACCGCGUAUCCCAUGCCACGACAUCGCCGGCGUCGUAGUCUCCGCCCCUGAAGACUCUGGCUUCCAAAUCGGGGAUAGAGUAUUCGGCCUCCUUGGUUUUUAUGGGCAAGGGGGGUUGGCGGAGUAUACCGUCGCGGAGGAGAAGUAUCUCGCGAAGAUCCCGGAGGGAAUGGGGUUUGUGGAGGCGGCGAGCCUCGGGCGAGCUGGGUUGACGGUGUUUGAGGGGUUACGGGUACGGAAUGGGGGCGUGGUGAGGGAGGGGAGUAAAGUGCUUGUUCUUGGUGCUACCGGGGCGGUGGGCAGGAUGGGCGUGCAGUGUAUCCGGCAUUGGGUUGGUGCGAGCGGGAAAGUCAUUGCGAUGGGUGGAGAAGGGACGGCGGAGUUGAAGAGUUUAGGUGCGGAUGCGGUGUUUAAUUAUCGAGAGGAGCCGAAUUGGGUGGAUUUGGUGAAAAAUUUGGGGGAGGUAGAUGUGAUUUUUGAUUGUGUUGGGAAGAAGACUUUGGAGGUUGCUAUUCCGCUUGUUAGGAACGGAGGGAAGAUCGUGACGAUUGGGAGUCCGCCGCCGGCGAUUUCGGGGGUUAAGGGGUGGGAUGAGGUGGAGAAGAGGGGGGAUGGGUUCUUUUUUAUUGUGGACGGGGAUGGGGAUUUACUUGGGGAGGUGGCGGGGUUGUAUGAGAAGGGGGUCAUUAAGGCUAGUGUUAGUAAUGUUGUGGAAGGGUUGAGUGAGAAGGGUGUUCAGGAAGGCUGGGCUUUGGCUUUGAAGGGUGGUGUUAAGGGGAAACCUGGAACUACUGUGGUUAAGGUUUUGUAG